AUGUUACGUGUUACUUUCGGAAUUGCGUCUGCACCUUACCUUGCCGUUAGAGUUCUGCAGCAAGUAGCCUACGAUGAAGGUGUAAAUCGUCCUGCUGCUGUGGAGAAAAUUAUAAAUGAUUUUUACAUGGACGAUCUUAUGACUGGUCGCCAAACGGUUGAAGAAUGCCUGAAAAUAAAAAAUGAAAUUAGUAGCAUACUGGGUAAGGGAGGAUUUCAAUGGCAAAAAUGGGCAAGCAAUAAUAAGGAGUUUAUGGAAAAAAUAGGACAGAGAAAAGAAGAGAAGGAGUCUAGGGUUAAAAUAGGGGCAGGAAAGGAAUCAGAAGCUAUUCAGAAAGUGUUAGGACUUACCUGGAAUAGUAGCACAGACGAAAUUGAAUACAGUGUCCAAUUACCACAGUUAGAAUUUCCAGUAACAAAGAGGAAAGUAUUUUCGGAUAUUUCGCGUUUGUUCGACCCUUUAGGGUGGAUGGUUCCAACUAUUAUUACUUCCAAAAUCUUUAUUCAAAAACUUUGGAUAUCAGGUAUAGAUUGGGAUCAUGAACUUCCACCUCAUUUGUUACAAGAAUGGCUUACUUACCGGUCAGAUCUUGCAAAACAUAACAAUUUCCGCAUUCCUCGAUGGAUGCACACAAAUGUUGAUGAUAAAGAAGUAGAGCUGCAUGGAUUCAGUGAUUCAUCAAAUCGGGCCUAUGCUGCAGUUGUAUACACUCGCAUUAUAGAUAAGAAUAAUGAAGUGCAUGUGAAUCUUGUCACAUCCAAGACCAAGGUUUCUCCAAUUAAACAAGUCUCCAUCCCUCGCUUGGAGCUCUGCGGAGCUCAGCUUCUUGCCAAGCUCAUUUUGGAGGUUUCGGAGAUAUUGGAGAUUCCUAAAGAAAAAAUUCACGCUUGGACAGACUCUUCCGUGGUACUUGCGUGCCUCAGUAGUCAUCCAAGUAAAUGGAAAACAUUUGUUGCCAAUCGUACUUCGGAGAUCUUGACAAUUUUAGAUCGAAGGCAAUGGGCACACGUAAAAUCUAAAGACAACCCAGCUGAUUGUGCAUCAAGGGGUGACAAAGAUUAUGAAAAUUUAAGCUUGUGGAAACAUGGUCAAUCUUGGCUAAGUGAAUGUACUAUCAACUACAGUCCACAAGAAGAAGGCCAAGAUACCAAACUGGAAGAAAGAGAUAAAAGACUUUGUCAUACGGUAAAUAAUAUUGAGUUAGAAGAAGAACUAUUUACAAGAUUCUCAACGCUCCGAAAACUAAUUAGAACGAUCGCUUAUUUGAGACGUUAUUUUAAAUGGUUACAUUCCUCUCGUAAAAUUGUUUUUCCUAGUUAUCUUACAAGUCUAGAGUUAAACAAGGCAUUGGAAAAAUGUAUAAUUUACUUUCAGAAGAAGUUCUUUGCUUGUGACAUCGUGAGUAUUAUUAAAAUUAAAUCGGUAACUAAGAAGAGUAAACUUGUGUCUCUUAACCCUUUCAUAGAUAGUAAUGGUUUGUUAAGAGUUGAAGGACAUUUGCGGACUGCUGAGCUAAGCGAUGACAUGAAACAUCCAAUUUUGAUUCCACGUAACUCGCAUUUAGCACAACUCAUUAUCGCAGAUACACACGAAGGAACUCUUCAUGGAGGCCCACAGCUAAUGCUUAGUUUUAUUAGGACGAAGUACUGGAUCGUUGAUGCUAAGAAUUUGGUCAAGCUAUAUGUGAGAAAAUGCGUUACGUGUAUACAUCAUGCCCCUCCAUCAAAUCAACCCAUUAUGGGUCAGUUACCUGCGUCUCGAGCAACAGCAGACAGACCUUUUCGUCAGACCGGUGUAGAUUAUGCAGGACCCAUUGCAAUAAGAACCACAAAGGGUAGGGAUCAUCGCUCUACUAAAGGUUAUAUUUGCCUCUUUAUAUGUAUGGCUACUAAGGCUAUACAUCUUGAAGCUGUCAGUGAUAUGAAAUCUGAAGGAUUUAUAGCCGCAUUUAAGCGUAUGGUGGCUAGGCGAGGUCACGUUUCAGAUUUGUGGAGCGAUAAUGGUUCUAAUUUUGUUGGAGCUGAAAAGGAAAUUAAAAAUUUGCUUUUGAAAGAGAGAUCAAGUGUAUCUGUGGAGAUAGCCAAUUGGCUUUCGGAUAACGGCACUACUUGGCAUCGUAUUCCACCUUACACUCCACAUUUUGGUGGAUUAUGGGAAUCAGGCAUUAAAUCAACGAAGCACCACCUGAAAAGAGCGAUUGGGAACUCAACUCUGACGUUUGAGGAGUUGAGUACAGUUCUUUCCCAAAUUGAGGCAUGUCUUAAUUCAAGGCCAUUGACUACUUUAAGUGAUAACGCACAGGAUCCGUUUCCACUUACACCCGGACAUUUUCUUGUGGGAGAACCUCUUCUACUUGUUCCAGAUGAUAAUUAUGAGAAGUCAACAAUAGCUAGUCUCCGAAGAUGGCAGUUGGUACAGCGAAUGACCCAGUACUUCUGGCGACGGUGGUCAAAUAAGUAUCUAUCUCAUUUCCUACACCGGUAUCGUUGGAAUCGUCACUCUCCUGAGCCAAAAAUCGGAGACGCAGCCUUAGUUAAAGAAGAAAAUCUUCCACCAGCCAGAUGGUUUUAUGGAAUAAUUGUUAACAAACACACUGGUCAGGAUAAUGUUACGCGUGUUGUAAGUUUGAAAUGCAAAGGCAUUAUCAUCAAAAGACCUAUUUCAAAAAUUUGUAUUUUACCUAUUAAUAAUUAA